AUGACUGCGGAAGGCUGGAAGGUGACUGAUGCCUUCAAGACACUUCACGUCUUCCAACAAAAACCCGCGCCUGACCCCUUCGCCUACGGCAUGGAAGCCAUUAUCCAAAGCUAUCCGCCCCUUGGCCAAGUCACUCAAGUCCAACGGGGUCUCAUAUCAUUCUCUGUAAUCCUCGAGGUACCACAAGCUCGACAAGAGGAACCAUGGCAGGUGUCACUAUGGGGAUCGAGUGACGCCACCGACUGGGUUGAGACCCCAACCUCGCUGCUGCCUCCUGAGACUGCACCCACGGCACUUGGUUCAUCAACAGAAGGGGUUGCUCGGCUAUUCUUCAAUGCCGUCAUUGAUGCCCAGGCAUCGCUUCAGUUCACCUUGAAGUUUCGCCAUGGUGAGGAUGAACCCUGGAGAUGGACCCGUGACGAGUUGGGUCUCAACGAUGGUCAUGUCAUCGUCAACACGUCGUCAGUCCGGAGUUUGCCUGGGAAUCUCGAAGACCAUAUCAAAGGGUUGAAUCCGGCUUGGCAAGUUGAAUUCUUGACAAGUCAAGCUCCCAGAACACGACUUUGGUCACUUCGGGCUCCAGUGCCUGCUUCGAAGGACGAUCGUUCUUCGGUUCUUGACCUCUCCAUUGGGAUCCCUUGGGGCCAACCUCUUAGAUGGUUUGCCCUGGUACGGACCUGGAAACCCUGGCUUGCACCGAGACAUGGUAAAUCCAGAUUCCAUCUGGAUAAAGACGCUAUGUUGUGUUCUUUCCUUGGUCCACAGGGAAAACACUUGGUGUUAUUGGCCAUCAGCGGACUGAAUAAUGUGGCGGCCAUGUUCCAAAGCAGAGAUGACGAGGGCCUCGUCCAUGUUCAGGCCCGCAACGAUGACAUCCAUGAGCAGCAGGCUAUCAUUCUUGCUGCAAUCGGUGACAACUUCGAAAGUGCCAAUGCUCGUCAUGUACCAGGCGCGAAAUGUGCUGAAUGUUAG